GCCUGGGUCCGCUCUGUCACAGCAGCCGGGCACCGCGCGGGGACCUUCUCCCCAGCAACGGGUGACGGGAGGCCCGCGGGGCCCGGCCAUUGGUGCCACGGCCGGGCCACGGCGCCGGUGGCCGCGGCACCCACGGGUGGCGGGUGGCGGAGGGAUGGGUGCCGCGGGCGGCAGCGGGGUGCUGGUGGCCCAGCUGCUCUGGGUGGCCCUGGCCGCCGCUGUCACCGACGAGCCGGCGGUGCACAGCCUGGCCGAGGUGCUCUUCUGCCAGCCGGCCAUGCCCUCGCUGGGGCUGGCGCUGGCCUUCGACACCGACCAGCUCUUCUGGUUCGACUUCCCCGGCUCCCGCUGGACCCCCCGCCUGCCCGACCUCCCCCCCUGGCCCCUCGCCCUGGAACCCCCCGCCCAGCUCCUGCGCGACGCCACGCUCUGCCAAGACCUGCGGCGCGGGCUGACCGAGCUGGCCAGCGGCAAGAUACCCGAGUCCAAGGGCAUCCCGGUGGCCGACGUCUUCCCGCUGCAACCCCCGGCCUUGGGUCAACCCAACACCUUGGUGUGCAUGGUGGCGAACAUCUUCCCGCCGGCGGUGGAGAUCAGUUGGCAGCUGGACGGGGUCCCCGUCACCCAAGGGGUCAUCCACACCCACUACACCCCCACGGCCGACCUGGCCUUCGUCCGCUUCUCCUACCUCCCGGUGACGCUCGCCGCCGAUGACAUCUACACCUGCCUCGUCACCCGCGAAGCGGACAACAUCUCCGUCGUCGCCUACUGGGUGCCCCAAAAGGUUGUCCCCUCCGAGGUGCUGGAGACGGCGCUGUGCGGCGCCGCCAUGGCGCUGGGCAUCCUGCUGGCGCUGCUGGGCAUCGCCAUGAUCCUGUUGGCACGACGCGGCACCCACGGUUGAGCACGGGGCGGUGCAGAGGAUGGCGCAGCUCGGUGCAGGAGUGAAGAUGGCGGCGGCGGGGGGCAGGGGAUUAAACCUCUCGGCGGUG